UGACAGCCACCUGACUGGAGGUACUGCAAGUCAUAACUGUAGGCAGCUAUAUAAGAACGUCUCUCUGACACAGCCCUGCAUCACUUUCAGGUGGAUAUACCUCUGACUUCACAUCACACCGACAUAGACAUAGUCAGGAUGAAGCUGUUGUUGGUUGCUGCUGCUCUGGCCGUGGCCAGCUGUGCCAGCAUCUCGCUGGAAGACCUGGAGUUCCACGCCUGGAAACUCAAGUUUGUAAGGUCCUACCACUCUCCGGCAGAGGAGGCUCACCGCAGGGAAAUCUGGCUCAGCAACCGCAAGCUGGUGCUGGUGCACAACAUCAUGGCCGAUCAGGGCAUCAAGUCCUACCGCCUCGGAAUGACCUACUUUGCUGACAUGGAAAAUGAGGAGUACAAACGCCUGAUCUCCCAGGGCUGCCUGGGCUCCUUCAACGCUUCUCUGCCUCGCCGCGGCUCUACUUUCCUGCGGCUGCCUGAGGGAACUGAUCUGCCCAACACCGUUGACUGGAGGGACAAGGGAUACGUCACUGAUGUCAAGGAUCAGAAGCAGUGUGGCUCCUGCUGGGCCUUCAGUACUACUGGCUCGCUGGAAGGUCAGACCUUCAGGAAGACGAGCAAGCUGGUGUCUCUGAGCGAGCAGCAGCUGGUCGACUGCUCCGGCGACUAUGGCAACGAGGGUUGCAUGGGAGGCCUGAUGGACAACGCCUUCAGGUACAUCGUGGCCAACGGAGGGAUAGACACAGAGGACUCCUACCCUUAUGAGGCUGAGGAUGGUAAGUGCCGUUACAACCCUGACACUAUCGGCGCCACGUGCACAGGCUUCGUUGAUGUGAAACAAGGUGACGAGGACGCCCUGAAGGAGGCCGUGGCCACCAUCGGACCCGUGUCUGUGGCCAUCGAUGCUUCUCACUCGUCCUUCCAGCUGUAUGAAUCAGGAGUGUAUGAUGAGCCAGAGUGCAGCCCCUCAGAGUUGGACCACGGUGUACUGGCUGUGGGUUACGGCAGCGACGGCGGACAUGACUACUGGCUGGUCAAGAACAGCUGGGGUCUGGGAUGGGGAGACAAGGGAUACAUCAUGAUGACCAGGAACAAACACAACCAGUGUGGCAUUGCUACAGCAUCCAGCUACCCCCUGGUCUAAGCAGGUCCAGGACUUUCCUCAGUGAGGAGGAGAAAAGUGAUGCAUAAUUUACUUUAAUUUAAUAAAGAAACUGAGUUAAGGAACAAGAUGUCCUUUUGUUGUUCCACGGACGUUAGUGGAGUCUGUCUGCACUUUUAAUAGAAUAACAUUUUUAUGAAGAUUGUAAAUAAAUGUAAAGACAUAAACUGUUUUACAUGGAGAAAUUAAAAAAAUAAACAUUUUUGUGUUUAUAA